AUGUUUGCAUUUAUUGAUCGUUCAAUUGUAAAAAAAGUUGUAAACUUUUUACCUCGAGUUGGUGUUGGUGGUCGUUAUGGUUUACCACAACAACGACGAACAUCAUUAGCAUCAGCAAAACAAUUAUUUCGUUCAGCAAAUAUGACUCAACGAUGGCAAAGACGAGAAAUUUCAAAUUUUGAAUAUCUUAUGUAUCUUAAUACAAUUGCAGGUCGAACAUAUCAAGAUUUAAAUCAAUAUCCUGUAUUUCCAUGGAUUAUAGCUGAUUAUGAAAGUGAAAAACUUGAUUUAAAUUCUCCAUCAACUUAUCGAGAUUUAUCAAAACCAAUUGGUGCAUUAAAUCCUAUAAGAAAAUCAUUUUUUAUUGAACGUUAUAAUAAUUGGGAAUCUGAUACAAUACCACCAUUUCAUUAUGGUACACAUUAUUCAACAGCUGCAUUUACACUUGGUUGGCUUAUUCGACUUGAACCAUUUACAACAUUUUAUUUAAAUUUACAAGAAGGAAAAUUUGAUCAUGCUAAUCGAUUAUUUCAUUCAAUACCAUUAUCAUGGCAAAAUUGUCAACGUGAUUCAUCAGAUGUUAAAGAAUUAAUACCGGAAUUUUUUUCUCUACCUGAAAUGUUAACAAAUUGUAAUCAUUAUAAAUUAGGACGAACUGAAGAUGAAAUUAAAGUUGAUGAUGUUAUUUUACCUAAAUGGGCACAAACACCAGAAGAUUUUAUUCGAAUUAAUCGAACAGCAUUAGAAUCUGAAUUUGUUUCAUGUCAUUUACAUCAUUGGAUUGAUUUAAUUUUUGGUUAUAAACAAAGAGGACCUGAAGCUGUUCGUGCUGUUAAUCUUGAUUCAAUAACAAAUCCAACAGAUCGUGCUGCUAUUGAAACACAAAUAAGAAAUUUUGGUCAAGCACCAGCACAACUUUUAACUGAACCACAUCCACCAAGAAAUUCAGCAAUGAAUUUAACUCAAAUGAUGUGUAAUGUUACACCAGAAGAUGUAUCAAUGAUAAUGAAAUUUUCAUCAAAUGCACCUAUUAUUCAUGUUUCUGCUAAUACAAAUCCAACACUUUCCAUACAAGCUAUUAUUACAAUUAGUAAUAAACAUGAUUUUUCUAUAAAUAAAUAUCAUCCAAAUGCUAAUACACCAACACAAACUUAUCCUGAAUCAUCACAAACAUCAAUACAUCAACAAACACAAUUACCAUUAAGCGUGGAUUCAAUAUUAGUAUCAAAUAUAAAUUUAAAUCGUCGUAAUUUGGGUGAUAAUUUUGAUGAACGUAUUCAACAACGACAUCAAAGUUUUGUUGUUACUGCUGAUAAUCGUUAUAUAAUAUCAACUGAUUAUGGUAGUGAGCAAAGUCUUGUACUUCAACAUACACUUAAUGGUGAUAUAUUACGUUCAUUUGAAAAUCCAUCAAAAAUAUCUACACCACGUCUAUUAUCACCAUCAAAUGAUGGUGAUAUUAUUCUUUGUUAUGAUCGUUCAAAAUUAUUUUUAUAUACAUUAAAUGGAAAAUUAAUGAGACAAGCAAUAUUUGAAGAUGAAACUAUUCAAUGUAUGGUUUUAAAGGUUGAUAGUCAAUAUACAGUUAUUGGUGGUGAUCGAGGUUUUGUACAAAUCAUUCGAACACAUGAUUUACAACCUGUUUAUGCUUAUCCACAAUGUGAUGCUAGUAUUCGUUCAUUAGCAAUAACUCAUGAUCAAAAAUAUAUCAUGGCAGGUCUUUCUACAGGUUGUUUGAUUGUAUUUAAUGUUAAUUUUAAUGUUCUUAAUCAACCUCGACGUGAUUCUGGAACCCCUACUGCAAAUGUUUAA